AUGAUCGCAAAACCCCCGCCUUCGAAAAGACAACGGAGGGAACCGGAUAAAAAUGCAAUCACGAAACUGACCGGUGAUGAGUGGCUUAUCAUCUUCGAUAACCUGCGCGAAGAAGACCCGUGGUUUCUAUCCCGUCUCUGCUUAGUCUCAAGGGCAUUCCGAACUCUUGCGACACCGCUGCUUUAUCGCUCAGUCACUCUUCCACGCCGGCUGGAUGAUUUGACGAGAAAACCGGACGGCCUUCUCCGUCGGCUAUUGGCUGAUUCGCACUCGCAGCUCAGGGCGUACGUGCAAGAGUUGACAGCACCGCCUGCCGCUAGCUAUUCAACGGGACAGUGCGAUGAUUUCGAGGAUCGUGACUAUCUAGCCCAGGUGGUGGAGAAGUUGCCUAAUCUUCGUCUUGUUCGAGUGAUGCACCCUCUCCCCUUCACCGACCGUUAUAUCAGAAGUUUUGAGAACCAUCCAAACAAGCCGAAGUUGCAUAUACUGGCCUUCCAAGGGUGGGAGAAGGCACCAUCUCGCCCUUUGAACUUUGUGUCAACUAUCAAAGCCAGUCUCCUCAGAGAAAGACAACGGUUGCCAACAGAUGGUGAUGCCCUUCCAAGCAUGAUGUUGAAUUUCCAGAAGCUUUUCUUCUCUUGUCCGAAUUUAAAGUCUUGUUCUUUAACCAUGUUCGGACCAUUCGAAAACUCCGACGCUCUCGCAACGUUUGAGAUGACCGGGGAAGAAAUAUUCCCUCGGCUCGAAAGCUUGUCACUAAAUGGCUAUUUUAUUCGUCCAAACGAAUGGCCUCACUGGCGCGACCGGUUCUCUUGGUCUUCGCUUUCUUCUCUGGAAGUUGGACCGCAGCCAGACCUUGCGGACAGAUUGUUGCACAGGCUCAAAGGGCACACUACCUCUUUGAAAAAGUUCAAGAUAACAGUAUGGUCCGGAGAGGAUGAAGCCGCUGCACAGGAAAAUCUUGAAGCCUUUCUCUAUUCAUUUGACACCCUCGAAACGCUUGAAAUAACAAAUUAUGUUUGUCCCGUCGAGGCGAUUGCCAAUCACAGAAACCUCGUCCGCCUCGCCGUACAUCUUGCAGAAGAAUGGGACUCCGAAGAAGUUAUCCCUUCGUGGAACGCUUCUGAUAUCUACUACUUGGAUGACAACUGCCCAAGCCUUGAGGUGCUUGAAAUUGACUUUGAACGCCAGGCCGGCGCAUGGGAUUCCGAGCUAUUAAUAUCUAUCGCGAAGGGCUUCGAUUGUCUCCGUGAACUAUGUCUGCAUGUUCGCGUUGGCAGCGUUAGAGGCGAAGAGCCACCAUUGACCCCGGUGCUCAAUUAUCAAUCUGCCCAAGAGAUAGGAUCGACUUUCUUCAAAAGCCGCAAGCACUCCUUCGAUGACUAUCGCUCGCGAAUGCCUAACCAGAAACACGACGAAUUUGAGAGGUUACUUUUGAAAACGGGGGUUGACUGGCAUCUCUACAACCGCUUCGACAGAGACCAAAAGGUGGAAGAACUAAACAAAAACACAUUCGAACUGCGAAAGCCAACAUGUAAUGCUGGAAAUUUGACUCUGAUUCACCCAGAAAGAGAAAGAAUCCAGGCGCAAAAUCGACAGGGGUAUCCGGGCGCAACAGCUGAAAAAACAAGGAACGUCAUAUGUGCGGGAGAGAUUGGAGCGCUUCAUGAGAGCUAUUUAGGAAGAAUCAAUAGCCCCACACAAGCCGAGUGA